AUUAAUUGCAAUUGCUUCUCGACCAGAUAAUAAUUAUUAGUAUUAUCGAUUGAACUGCCGCAAACCCAAUCUUCGUUUCUUUGGGCAAGCUAUUUACGAUCUGGAGCAGCAUUUCACAGAUCGCAUAGCCACUAGCUGCUGCGAUCUUCUGCAACUGGUACCGGAUCUCGUUCUUUGAUCUCAUCCGUCAAACUUGCUCCGCAUCAUCAUCAUCCAAGCUUGACGGUCUUGAUGGGCUUCCGCCCCGGAUUCAAACACUUUAAAAAAGUCAUGUCCGGAGAAAAGAUCUACGAGGGUGUCUUCGCCGUUCAUAAACCCCAAGGCGUCACCUCCGCCGAUGUGAUCCGCAAGCUCCAGCAGCAUUUCAAUCCCUCCGAGACAUUCAGGCCGUGGAUUGAAAACGAGCGCGACCGGCGCAAGCGCGAAAAUGAUUUCCAGCGCCGUCGUCGCAGAAACCAGCGCGUGGACGUGAAGAUUGGACAUGGAGGCACGCUGGAUCCGCUCGCUACGGGUGUGUUGAUUACGGGAAUUGGAAAGGGUACAAAGCAAUUGCAGGGUUUCCUGGGCUGUACGAAGACAUACGAGACGGUCGUCCUGUUCGGAGCGGAGACGGAUACGUAUGAUUCGAUGGGGAAGGUUGUGCGUCGGUGUCCCUACGAGCAUAUAACGAGAGAGAUAGUUGAGAAGGCCCUGGAGCAAUUUAGAGGCCCUAUCAUGCAGCGGCCGCCUAUCUUUUCUGCGUUGAAGGUCCAGGGCAAGAAGCUCUAUGAGUAUGCGAGGGAAGGCAGGGAGCCGCCAAUUGAGAUCAAGGCUAGACCUGUGGAGGUGUCGAAUCUGGAGAUCCUUGAGUGGUACGCGCCUGGUACCCACGAGUGGAAAAUUCCAGAGGAAGAGAUGACGGGCGAGGAAAAGGCCGUUGCGCAGAAGAUGCUGGAGAAGGACGCGGAGGUCCCAGUCGCAUCAGCUCAAGAAGCUGAAGAAGCGAAGCACAGCGAAGAGGCGUCUUCAUCGAAGCGAAAAUCCCCUCCAGCAGUGACACCUGGCGGAGACAGUGCGGAAACGCAAAAUCCCGCUGAGACGGGGCCAUCAUCCAAGAAGCAGAAGAUAUCUACUGAAGGAGAAUCAGCUACAGUCGAAAACCAGCAACCAGAUGAUGCAGAGAAUGCCGCACAAGAAGAAACUACUGCCGCCUCCGCUCCUGCUCCUCCUUCAGAAUCCUCCAAGUCAUCUACCGGUCCUGCCGCCGUGAAGAUCACCAUGACUGUAUCAUCCGGAUUCUACGUGCGCUCCUUGGCACACGAUCUAGGAAAAGCCGUCGGCAGUUGCGCCCUGAUGACUUCGCUCGUCCGGACCAGACAAGGUGAUUUCACGCUCGAGUCCGACAAUAUCGUCGAGUAUAAGGAUCUAGACGCCGGCGAGGACGUCUGGGGUCCGAAAGUCAAGCGGCUGCUAGAUGACUGGGAGCAGAAGAAGCAGGACUAGGAAAAAUCGAAGUACUUUAUACAUUAGAAAAGCAACGGUAUCGCAUACUUGAUAGGUUUAUACGACAUAGACUCUAGCUGGAGAGAACCGAUCUACAAUCUUCCGGUAACACAGCGCGACAUAAAUUGCAGAACCAAAAACUUCCAUUCAAUUUCUAGAAACUCCGAAGGAUGAAUUUUAAUAUCCCACCCUCUUCCGAACGACCUGGACCUCCUUUGGUCAAAAGAUAUGAUGUAGUUACUAAAAAGUUAUAGACUCGCCAACAUGCAUUAAGAAAGGAAAGAAGCGUUUUUGAACGAGUGAUAGAGGACUGGCAAUACGUCUCGCAAUCUCCCUGGACUGUGAAUAGGAAAAGAAGAAAGGAAUGAUGGGCCGCGAAGGGCGCUGUCGGAUGCAGAAUUCACUGCCAAAAAAAUGAAGAAAUACAGGUGUGGUAGAAUCAAAAAGAUGCGAGAA